AUGAUGACAAGAGGAUGUUUGACAGCUCGCAAAGAUCGGUCAUGCGCAACCUCCAGUAGCCUCCACGUCCGAAGAUCAAAUGACAAACAGCUUCAAAAAGGAGGUGAGCCAUCUCUGAUAUGCAAACGUAGGGUCGUCACGCUGUUGGGAUGA